AUGGAUUUCGCCAUUGGCAACGUACCAGAAACCACAUCUUCGAGAGACUCAAACCGAAGCAAAUACCCAGCAGGAAGUGCUUUGGCGAGAUUGAAACGAAAUGCAGCCUCCCUCCAUGAGGAUGUGGACCUGGUUAGCCAACGCAUCUCACAGCAAGCGAACAAGAUUGAGCAGAUGGAACAGCAAUUGGAGAACGCACAACAACGCAUCCAGAAGUUGGAGGUUGAACUUCAAGCGCGAAUUUUUAGAUCUAUACCUGACUACCAGCUUAGUGAUGCGACUGUUUCCGAGGAUUUCAUGGUAUUCCGCGAUAGCCUCAGCGAGUGGGUGGAGGGAUUUCCUGAUAUCAAGUCUUUCACCGAAACAGUUUAUGAUGCCAUCUACCGCCGAGGUAUUUGUGAGAACAUAUUCGCCCUUCAGAGAACGUUUCAGUUAGAAUUUGAUGACGCACAAACUGAGAUAUUGACAUGGAUUAGCUUCUGUGUUAUUGAAAAACAUGUACUCGAACCUAGAGUAUUCGCCGCACCACCAGCUGAUCAAGAACUCAUGGAAUACCUCCAUAAAGGGAUGAUGAUGCUGGAACCGAAAAAAGAUAUUGAAAGCGUUAAUCUUUGGCGGUCGGAUACAGUGAGGGCCUACACUGCAACUCAACUGCAUAAGGAUAGGGUUAUUCAGCACUGCGCUGGAUUGGCGGAGUAUUUGCGUGGUUUUUUCGGUUGUUUCAGCUUUGAGGGAACAUUCGAUUGGGACCAAAAGUUUGGAAGACUGGAGAAACAGGUCUUACCACAAAUUGCAGCUCUUGCGCUGAAACUGAGCUGCUCACCGGAACAAUACCAGUGGGAACGGUAUCGAGAUGUAGGUGCCAAGGGGACGCUAUCUAGAAUCAUCUACAAGGGCCAUUUAAGUGAUUUCAUAUUCAUGGAUGUCCAUACUCACCAGACGCUUAACCCUCAGGCUGCGAGGUUUGCGAGUAUGCAGGAUGAUGCACCUAUUGGGUUGUUCCUUCUGGUUUUAUAUCCGGCCUAG